GGAAAGUUCCUGGAAAUACUGCUGUUGUUUUGUUUCUGGCGUCGGUUCUGAUCACUGCUGCAUGUUGGGAGACGAAGCGGACCGAGCCAACGAGUUGGAAUAAACAUUAAAACCUCGCCAGCAUCAUGAAUAAAGAAGGAGUUAAAAAGACGGUAGCGGUUGACGACUGGACGCGCGCACAGAGGACGUUCUGGGAAGUUCGGACCUUCAAGUGAGUCCUGAACGAGGCGGUACCAGAGCCCAACGAGAGACAAAGAAGUUCCUGAGUGUGCAGAGGCAUCUUCCUGGUCCUGGUGGUCGUCCCAUGUCUGAGCCACUGAAGGCUGGACGCGUCCAAUGACCUGCCAGUCCUCCGAGUCACCCGACGCCAUCGAGAGCGACCCAGGAGGGGCGGCGACCUCCAGGGGGCCUGUGGAGUGUGACGAGAGCCGCGUCUCCUUGGCCAUGAAGGAGCUGAACAGCACAGGCUGGUACUGGGGCAGCCUGAGCGCCAACGAGGCCAAAGAGAUCCUGCAGGACGCCGCCGAGGGAACCUUCCUGGUGCGGGACAGCUCUCAGAGGGACUACCUGUUCACCAUCUCCGCCAUGACGUCGGCGGGUCCCACCAACCUCCGUAUCGAGUACCAACACGGCAAGUUCAAGCUGGACUCGGUGCUUCUGGUCAGACCAAAACUCAAGCAGUUUGACAGCGUGGUCCACCUGGUGGAGCACUACGUCAAGCUGUCCAGGACUGGCCACAAGAAGGCGCCCAAGUCUCAGCCCUCCACACCGCCGAACGGAACGGUGCCGCUGCUCCUCACCCGCCCAGCCUACGCCACCAUCCCGCCGCUGCAGCACCUGUGUCGCGUCGCCAUCAACAGAAGCGCAGGGCGGGUCCGGGACCUGCCCCUGCCCAACAGACUAAAGGACUACGUGGCCGACUACGCCUACAACGUGUAACACUGUCAGCUGACUGGUUCUGACGCUGCCAGGAGACCACAAUGUUCAUGUUCACAGCAUCGCAUCAUUCCACAGCGUCUUUCACGCUCUUCCUAUUUCAUGCAGGUCAAAGGACAGGUGACUCUAACAUGAAACCCGAACAAGUGUGUGUGUGUGUGUGUGUGUGUGUGUGUGUGUGUGUGUGUGUGCUGUUGAUGCCAACCAUUGUUGUGUCCUCGGCGUUGGGUCUUGACAAACAGUGCAAAAUAGCAAGCGGACCUCUGACCUCAUGCACAAAUGCUGAUGAGUUGAUAUUUAAAUAAAAUAAACUUGACUGUUUGAUUUAUUUUGCGAGUUCUUGUUGUCUCCACACGGUGGCGGCAUUGAUGAAGCGCUUCAAUCGUGUGCGUGUCAGUGAGUUCAUCUGUGAUCACUUUCUAUUGCUUGAGCAGUGUUGCCACAGUUCGUAAAAAAAAGUAAUCCGAUUACUGACUACUGAUUACUGAAUUAAAAAGUACCUUGCAGAUUAUUUCGGAAGUAACUAAGUUACACUACUAGUUACUUUUUCAGUUACUUACAGCGGCUGCCUGCAACACUACCCUUCACGACAGAACGACAACGGGUCUUAUUAACACUUAUUUUUAUUAGUGCAUCAGCAGCAAUGUAUAUGAAGUUGAACUUCAAUACAAAAUCGAAAAGAAAUGUUUAUUUAAAAAAAAAAAGUCUCACUUGACGUCAGCUUAACUUGGACAUGUUUUUAUAAAAAUGUAAAAAAUAUAUACUGUGUUUCUUGGCAUCACCACACAAAUACUUUUAAAUAAAACAGGGAUACAGACUACAUCUUCAAGUAACUUAAACUUGCUUUUAACAAUUUAUAUUCGACAAGCUGUAGGGAAAAAAAACAAAUUACUGAGUGGGUAAAUAAUUAUUACAUGUAGAUUUUAGAAUAACUUUGCAUUGAUGUCUAUUGAUUAAAUUAUUGUUGAGUGUCUUAAAAUAAGUACAGUA